CAAAAUGGCCGCGUUGUUGUUUUGAUGAAUAAUACUUUGUGUUUGUUUCAUUCUUUACUGGAUCGAAGAGAAAAAUCCGUAAUAACGGAGCAAUAUACACUUACACUUCCUUUACAUUUUAACCAACAUAUAUUAGGAUAAGAAAGGCAUUUAUCUUUUUGAAAUAGGUGUAAGACUAUGCACUUUUGGUCAUAUUAGCUAGCAAGCUUGAUCAAUUGGAAGAGAAGGAUACCGAUAAGAGUGAGAUUAAUAUUACAAGGAAAGCAAUGGAGGAACUUAGUGCCGAUGAGAUCCGCAGAAGGCGAUUGGCCCGGCUGGCAGGUGGGCCGACGUCUCAGCCCACCACGCCCCUCAGCACCCCCCUAACGUCCCCGCAGAGAGAGACCCCCCCUGGCCCUCCGCCGGGGCCCGCGGGAGCCCCGCCGCCUCCCCCGCCCCACGCCCCCUCCCACAGCCUGGGGCUCAGUGUGCACAGCGGCACCCCCGCCACCUCCCCCAUCGGGGCCACAGGGGUGGCGUAUCGGAGCCAGAGCAGUGAGGGGGUCAGCUCCCUGUCCAGCUCCCCUUCAAACAGCCUGGAGACCCAGUCGCAGACCCUGUCCCGGUCCCAGAGCAUGGACAUCGACACGGCCUCCUGCGAGAAGAGUAGCCUGUCCCAGGUGGAUGUGGACUCAGGAAUAGAGAACAUGGAGGUGGAGGAAAACGAUCGCAGGGACAAGAGGACCCUGGCUGAGAAGGACUCCUCCAGUCAGGAUGUGUCAGAGGAGCAGGCCCUGCAGCUCAUCUGUAAGAUCCUGCGUGUCUCCUGGAAGGAGCGUGACCGCGAUGUCAUCUUCCUCCCCUCCCUCGCCACCGAGUUCCACCAGCACCCGAAAGAAGUCUAUGCAGAUUUCAAGGACCUAAUUGGGCAGAUUCUGAUGGAGGUCCUCAUGAUGUCCACCCAGUCGCGGGAUGAUAACCCCUUCGCCAGCCUGACCGCCACGUCUCAGCCAAUCGCAGCUGCCAAAUCCCCUGACCGCCACCUGACCCUCGUCCCUCCCUCCAGCCAGGGCAGCAGCCCCAUGCUGGGCUGUGGAGGCUCCUUCGGGGCCAGCUCCCUGUCCAGUCUGUACGGCUGUAGCCCUCCUCCGCAGGCUGUGACCACACCCAGGAUGACCGUACCGUCUCUCCCCUCCACCCCCGCCACGCCCAUCACCCCCGCCACGCCCGUCUCCCCGGGCCCCCCCGUCCCCCCGCGGCACUCCUCCGCCCCCAUGUCCGCUCCCCUGCCUAUCUCUCCGAGGUACCGCCCGUACUCGGUUAGCUCCCCCUGGGGGGCCUCCUCCUCCCCGGCCCCCUGCCCCAGGGCUGGGUCUGCGGGCCCCGUGCCCCCCAGCCCCCAGGGCCUCCCCUCCAGCCCUCAGCCUGCCCCUGUCAGCUCCCCUCCGUUCCGCCGUCCUGCUGCAAUGCUGCUCCCCCUCACCUCCUCCUCCUCCUCCUCCUCCUCCUCUACCUCCGCCGGGGCCCAGCGGACCGCCCAAAACACCCGGAUCCCUCCUAGUUUCUACGACAGCCCCCUCUCCCUCCUCUUCUUCGCCCUCUCCGACGUCUCAGAGGACAGCAGCGAUGACGAGACUCAGGAGGAGGAGGAGGAUUUUUCUAGGGUGACCUUCGGGUCCAGCCUGGGCGCGUCUGGAGGGGGCGUGGUGUCCGACUCGGCCAGUGACCGCUUCACCAUUGAGGCGUGCAAGGAGACGGAGAUGCUGAACUACCUCAUCGAACGCUUUGACAGGGUGGGCAUGGAGGAGAGGAAGGCUCCCAAGAUGUGCAGCCAGCCUUGUGUCAGCCAGUUGCUCAGCAACAUUCGCUCCCAGUGUAUUUCCCAUGCUGCCCUGGUCCUGCAGGGCACCCUCACGCAGCCCAGGUCCCUGCUGCAGCAGUCCCUGCUGGUGCCCUACAUGCUGUGCAGAAACCUGCCCUAUGGCUUCAUACAGGAACUGGUGCGCAUGACCCACCAAGAGGAAGAAGUGUUUAAGCAGAUCUUCAUCCCUAUUCUCCAAGGGCUGGCUCAGGCCGUGAAAGAGUGCUCCUUCGACAGUGAUAAUUUUAAAUAUCCCUUGAUGGCUUUAGCAGAACUAUGUGAAAUAAAGUACGGAAAGACUCACCCAGUGUGCAAUUUGAUCACCUCGAUGCCCCUGUGGUGCCCAGAGCCUCUUAGCCCUGGGACCGGCCGGGAGGUGCAGAGAAUGUCCUUCCUGGGGGCCUUCUUCAGCCUGUCCGUCUUCGCAGAGGACGAUACCAAAGUGGGAGACAAGUACUUCUCCGGGCCUGCAAUCACCCUGGAUAACACGCGGGUGGUGAGCCAGUCUCUGCAGCACUACCUGGAGUCGGCCCGGGGUGAUCUCUUUAAAAUCCUCCACAACAUCUUGCUGAAUGGAGAAACUCGUGAGGCUGCUCUCAGCUACAUGGCAGCACUCGUCAACCGCAACGUGAAGAAGGCCCAGAUGCAGACGGACGACAAGCUGGUGUCCACGGACGGCUUCAUGCUCAACUUCCUGUGGGUGCUGCAGCAGCUCAGCAUGAAGAUCAAGCUGGAGACGGUGGACCCCUUCUACAUCUUCCACCCCAAGUGCCGUCUGAGCGUGUGCAGUGAGGAGACGCGGCUGAAGGCCACCAUGGAGGAGCUGAAGGGCUGGCUGCUCGAGCUGCAUGAAGACCCAGCAAAGUUCUCUGAGCCCAAGUUCCCCACAGAGUGCUUCUUCCUGACGCUGCACGCCCACCACCUGUCCAUCCUGCCCGGUUGCCGGCGGUACAUCCGCCGACUGCGCGCCAUCCGUGAGCUCAACAGGACGGUGGAGGAGCUGAAAAACAGUGAGAGCCAAUGGAAAGACUCGGCCCUGGCCCCCCGACACAGAGAAAUGCUGAAGAGAUGCAAGACCCAGCUGAAGAAACUGGUGCGCUGCAAGGCCUGCGCCGACGCGGGGCUGCUGGAUGAGAACCUCCUGCGGAGGUGCCUGCAGUUCUACAGCAUGGUGAUCCAGCUCAUCCUGCGCAUCGUGGACCCUGCAUACCCACUUAUGACUCUCCCAUUGAACCCAGAGAUCCCCAGAAGCUUUGCAGCGCUGCCUGAGUUUUACAUUGAAGAUGUUGCAGAGUUCCUGCUUUUUAUUGUACAGUAUUCCCCGCAGGUCCUGUACGAGCCCUGCACUCAGGACAUCGUCACCUUCCUCGUGGUCUUCAUCUGCAGCCAGAACUACAUCCGUAACCCGUACCUGAUCGCCAAGCUGGUGGAGGUGCUGUUUGUCACCAACCCGGCUGUACAGCCCCGUACCCAACGCUUCUCCGAAAUGAUGGAGAACCAUCCGCUGGCCGUCAAACAGCUGGUCCCAGCCCUCAUGAAGUUCUACACAGAUGUGGAGCACACCGGAGCCACGAGCGAGUUCUACGACAAGUUCACCAUCCGGUACCACAUCAGCACCAUCUUCAAGAGCCUGUGGCAGAACAUCGGUCACCACGGCACUUUCCUGGAGGAGUUCAACUCUGGGAAGCAGUUUGUUCGCUACAUAAAUAUGCUGAUCAACGACACCACUUUCCUGCUGGACGAGAGCCUGGAGUCGCUGAAACGCAUCCACGAGGUGCAGGAGGAGAUGAAGAACAAGGAGCAGUGGGAUCAGCUGCCCAGGGAUCAGCAGCAGAGCCGACAGUCCCAGCUGACGCAGGACGAGCGGGUGUCGCGCUCCUACCUGGCUCUGGCCACAGAGACGGUGGACAUGUUCCACAUCCUGACCAAGCAGGUCCAGAAGCCCUUCCUGAGGCCGGAGCUGGGGCCACGUCUGGCUGCUAUGCUCAACUUCAACCUGCAGCAACUGUGUGGCCCCAAGUGCCGGGACCUGAAGGUGGAGAACCCGGAGAAGUACGGCUUUGAGCCCAAGAAGCUGCUGGAUCAGCUGACCGACAUUUAUCUGCAGCUGGACUGUGCCCGAUUCGCCAAGGCCAUCGCCGAUGACCAGAGAUCUUAUAGCCGCGAGCUCUUCGAGGAAGUAAUUUCCAAGAUGAGGAAAGCCGGCAUCAAAUCCACUAUAGCUAUUGAGAAAUUCAAGCUGCUAUCUGAAAAGGUUGAGGAGAUAGUCGCCAGAAACUCCCAGUCUGAAAUUGACUACAGCGAUGCUCCAGACGAGUUCAAAGAUCCCCUGAUGGACACCCUGAUGAGCGACCCUGUUCGUCUGCCCUCGGGGAACGUCAUGGACCGAGCCAUCAUUCUGCGCCAUCUGCUCAACUCUCCCACCGACCCCUUCAACAGACAGCCCCUGACCGAGAACAUGCUGGAGUCAGUUCCAGAACUGAAGGAGCGAAUCCAAGCUUGGAUGAGAGAGAAGCAGGGUGGACGCUAACUUCAGUGAGUCACACCCACUACCGCACCUGCCGUUACUAAGGGACGACCUCACCGCACCCAGACACAGCAUCAAUGUGAAGACCCAAGAAAAAGGCCCAAUUUGAUUCUUUCAUUUUGUUAUUUUUGCUGUAUUUUAUUUUAUUUUUUGUAGGGCUGAGGCCUCAUUGACUGUCAGCUCUAAACAUAUUAAACAUAAUAAAAAAAUAGACUUUUAAAAGGUUUUGUUUGUGAUUUUGUAUAUAUCUAUAUAUACAUAUUUUUAAAUGAGGAGGUGCGGGGGAGAGCGUUAAUCCACUGAACGGUUAUCUAAAGUUUCAAAACCUGAGCUAGUGGCAGAUAUAACUGGAUGUGUGCAAGGAACUGAUUUACAAUCAUCAAAGUAGUUUUCUUCUGCGAAAUGUAUGUCUGCUUCAGUAAUUUUUUUAUUUUAUUAUGAUAGGUAGUUUUGCACCAAAUCAAUGAGGCAGGCAAGCCUUUUUCUGUUUGAUUGUAGUAUUUAUGAAACCAAAGUGAACAAAAUGCCCAGCAUUAUAGAAGCUAAGAUAAAGCAGCCAUAACUGUUAGAUGAAGUGUUGGACAGACCAUGCGAUUUCUGCUCUCUGGAAUGUGUGCACUGAAAUGCACUCUGCACUGUUACUUUGGCUAAAUUUCUAAAUUUAAUUCAAUAUUCUUAGUCAAGCUUGAAAUCACCAAGUUAAUUUGUCUUGGUGAAGGGAAAAAAUAUGUUUGAUUGCUUUGGUUGUUUUUAAGUAUAGUGUCAAUGGAAAAUCAUUUCAAACAAACAAAAUGGUAAGUAUUCAAGUUUGUUUCCCAAUUUAGAUUUUAUAAAGAAAUGUGCAUAAUUGUGCAUGGCCAAACCCAGGGCCUUGGAAGCUCAAUAAAACGAGGGCUUCUACUGUUACUGUAACAGAAAUUGUUGCAACAGCCUUUUCAGCGGAAAGGACAUGACUAGCCAGCACAGCAUGAACACCGUUUAAGGCAAAGCUAGGAGCACAGAGGCACCUUCCACCUGCCACCUAUUUACAUGAUCAAACCCUGCUUUUUGUAAAUCCUGAUUGUUGGACUGACUUGUGGUUUAUGAAUAAAUCAUUUAAAUCAUAUUUUCAGAUUAUGACUGUACAGGAACUUGUUUUAUUUGCCACAUACUUGUUUUUGAAUCUCGGAUCUUGAAUUCUAAUAAAUGGUAAUGGACAUUC